GCCCUCACCACGGCCUCGACAAGAACUACCUGAUCAACACGUUCAUCAGAGGUCUACGGCCGGAUACCCGGACAUUGAUCCGAGCCGCCUGCGGAGGAAGUAUUUCUCACAUGUCCUUCACGGAUCUUGAGCAACACAUUGAUCAAAUGGCGAGAGAAGAAGAUUCUCCACUGGAGUCCGUAAGAGACAUGCCCAGGAAAGAUAGCGACGCUAAGCUGCAACUGGUGCUAGACGAGCUCACCGCGCUAAAGACAAAACUCGCUAAUGCAAGCUUUGUCUCAUCCACUAGCACAUCAGGUGUGCAGCAAGGCGAACUUGCUUUGUACGCUGUUGACGAAGGGAUAGAAGAUGUGAAUUAUGUCGCCAACAACCCCUAUUCCAACACGUACAACCCAGGGUAUAGGAACCACCCGAAUCUCUCCUGGAGGAACAACAACGUCCUGAACCCUCCGCAAAAUAAUUAUCGGCCAGUGCAGAACCAGAACCAGCGGAUUCCACCAGGGUUCGCCUUUCAGCCGCGGGCCCCACCAAUGCAGAAUCAAGGGCCGAUUCAGAACCAACCAUACAGACCUCCGGUUCAGAAUUUUCGAGCACCUACACCUCCACUGCCACAACAAGACGGUGACUCGGAGAUCAAGGCAAUGUUAGCACAAUUGCUACAAGGACAAAAGACGCAAGAAACUGUGUUACAUAGCCUAAAGAUGGACCAAGAGGAGGUAAAGAAUCAAGUGGGGAGCAUGCAGUCUCAAGUGGAUGGAAUGCAGUCACAUCUAAAGUUACUCGACAACCAGGUUGCCCAGAUGGCCUCGACGUCUCAAAGACCGAGCGGGUCACUUCCCGGGAAGCCUGAGAUCAACCCAAGAGAGCACUGCAAUGCUAUCACCUUGAGAAGUGGCAAGCAACUUGAAGAAGUCACUUCACCGAUGAUGGAAAAAGGACAAAGCUCCAAAGGCAAAGAGGUCGUGAACGAAGAAGCUGAGGAAGUCUAUGUUCCUCCACCACCAAGACCUCCGCCCAUUCCUUUUCCAUCCCGCCUGAAGAAGCAUAACGAGGACCGACAAUUCGCGAGAUUUGCCGAGAUGCUGAAAAAGCUUGAGAUCACCAUGCCUUUCACAGAAGCAAUCCUGCAGAUGCCGUCUUACACGAAGUUUCUGAAGGACAUACUCACGAAGAAGAGAGUCGUGGAAAAGGAGACGGUAUCGCUCAACACCGAAUGCAGUGCGCUAAUUCAGCAUGAAGUGGGAAACUUCUACGUACCGGUCGACUUCGUGGUAUUGGACAUGGACGAGGACUCGAGAGUGCCGAUCAUACUUGGUCGUCCAUUCCUUAACACCGCAGAUGCAGUUAUCCACGUGAGAGCUGGCAGGCUAACAAUGAAGAUAGGCGAUGAGACAGUGGAGUUCACGCUUGAUCAGAACCUCAAGCAACCAUCUGUCAUGGAGUCUUCGUACUUCAUUGACAUGAUCGAAGUUUUGACGGAAGAGGUAUUUGGUCAAUUUCAAGAUCGCGAUCCCCUGAAGAUGAUGCUCCUAAACCCUGAGAAAACUGACGAGGAGCACAUAUGGACCUUUAGCCGAAUCCUGGAUGCACCCGACAUACCCCCGAUGGAUUUAUCAAGGUCCCCGAUUCAAGCUAUUCUGUCCUCUGAGGGUGACACCAAUCUUGAGAUCGCUGUCACUAACCGAGCCCAAGAAUCCAAAGAGACUCCAGUCAUCACAUCUUCUCCACUUAGUCCCGACUGGAGUCGAGAAGAUGCACCCGAAGUGGAACUAAAGCCCUUACCACAAGGGCUUAG